UGAGGAGGAGGAGGUGACAGUGCCAUUUGCCUCUGGGGCACCCAUAAACCUGUAGAAGGAGGCAGAGAGAGGGAGAGGGAGAGAGAGAGAGAGAAAGAGGGAGGAGAAAGAGAGAGAGAGAACACCAUUCCUCAAAGGUGACUGUGUGCCAUGUGACUUCAGGAGCUUUUAAAAGCAGGCCAACCUGUCCUGUUCAGGUACAAGUAAUCACAAAGCACCAGAGGUGUCAGAGGUGGAGAAUACCUGGGCUGUCGGCACAGCAGCAAACACCGACAGCCCCGCAGAGACCAACACUCAGGGAGGGAUUCGAGGCUGCGACUGUGUUCACUGCGACUCAGACUUCGAGCCUUCCAGAACAAUGAGCUGCAGCAGCGUUGCAGGUUCAGAAUUCUCCGAGGAAGAGCUGGAGCUUGGGGUCCUGGGUGAAGGAGAAGAUGAGAGAAGUCCCAAGGGGUCAUUCCAAGACUCCGAGAGCUCCACCAGCAGCCCAAGUGACCCAGAGGAAGGCCAGACCAAGAAGCGUAAUCGACCGGUUCGCUCCAAAGCUCGACGGAUGGCGGCGAACGUCCGUGAGAGAAAACGAAUCAUGGACUACAACCAGGCCUUCAACGCCCUGCGUGUGGCUCUGAAUCAUGACCUCAGUGGCAAACGGCUCUCCAAAAUUGCCACACUGCAGAGGGCCAUAAACCGCAUCUCAGCUCUCUCUGUGUUCCUGAGCAGCCACCCUCCCACCAAACCCUGCACACACCGGGAGUGCAACAAGACCUCAGUGGGACCAGCAGCGUCAGGAACACCCCGUCCGGACCAGAGCAGGGUUUCGGUUCCUCGGUUGCAGCAUCACAGUUACAUCCCCUGGCACAACUCCAUCUCUCACCAGGUGCAGCCACAACCAGGACCUCAUGUGCACAGGCUGCCCACAGAAGCACACAUCUACAUGGACAACAGUGCAUCGUCGUGCCCCCCCUCACCACAUUAUCCUUGUUAUCCCACUGAGGGACAGCUUUAUGGACACUGCGGCAGCCCAGUCAACCACCCGCCCAGUCCCCUGCGAUACCCUCAGGUGGGUGAAGGCUUGGGGUACCAGUCGGGCAGGUGGGCCUCCUGCACACAGGGAUACAUGGACAGCUUUGCGGAGCCAGCUCCUGCUCUGGGGCUCCCGUGGCAGGUGAGCUACAAGCAGGAGCAGGAGCACGGCCUGUCUCUGUGCUCUGACGUACUGUAACAGAACAUGAACCACUGUGAAGACCUGAGAACUGCUCACAACAUCACUGGACCGGACACUGACCUCAGGGAGAAACAUGACGUCACUUCUCUGUACCUUCUGCUGUCGUGAUGGACUCAGUAUUAAGAGCAAAGAGGAAAGUGUAAAUGUAACUGACCGAAUAGAAAUGAAAGUGCAAUCAACAUGUGGACUGCAGAAUGUUGUACAUACAGAAAGAUGCAUUGUGACCCUGCAGUCCAAAACAGUAAACCUGAAUAAUGUUCUCUUCUCUGCUGUGAAUAACCCCUUCCAAAAUGUGUUCUUAUUGUGAACGCUUAUUCAACAGAUGCUGCUUUAUCAAAUAUGUACAAAGUACAACAUGACCGUGUCACCUGUUCUUAUGUUGUAUUUGGAAGUUUUGUAAAAAGUGAUUUUUUCCAAAAAAUGUGAGUGAGAAUUAAAGUCAAAGUUCAUCAUUUCUAAAUUAUUCGUAUUUAUUCUCUGGACAUCACCGAGUCUUGUAAAAAAAAUCAUGUGCAUCAAAACAAUUCAGAAUUAAAUCUUGACAAAUUAUGAUUCCUAAUGUCAUUUUUUACUUUCGUGACAAAACUAUUGAGUUCUGCAACGUUGUUAUAUGUGCGCCGGUGUUAGAAUGCAGCGCUGUGUGUGCACGUCUAUGUGUUUGAUUGUAGCCCCAGGUCAGUAGCUCCAGUCUCUGUGAGGAUGAGAUGACAGAGGUCUUCCACUCACUUGAAAAAUGUCCUUACAAGUCCAUUCUUGUCAUUGUUCUUAAAGGACACUUUAGGCACAAUUUACACUCAGUUAAACAAAAGCACGCAGCAACAGUUACAAUGGCGACAGCGGCAAAAGAUCACAAGAAAUGCAGAAUAAGUCAGUGAGCCAUGAAUUCUUUUGUGUUUCUGCAGAGAGGACGUGCAGUCAGGGUCAGGUAGAAGUCAGAAAUGCUCACAUUAUAUCAUCCCAUUCAAGUCAACAACAGCUUUCAAUCCUUUGCUGAGCAUCAAGUGAUGUGGAACAACUUUAAUAUUAGACUGUAAGAAUCAGCCCACCGACAGAUUUAUGUGGGUUCAGGAAGGAAGACUGUGCCCCGUCAUCAGAGCGGUGAAAUCCCCUGUCGACCUGCACCAGCCCGCAGGUGCAGCUGGGUGUGUGACAGGGGUUUUUUGAACAUCCUGGAGGUCUCGUGAUACCUGCUCCUGGAUCAGCUCCUGAGAAAAGCAAACUCAGGGACGAGCACUGCAGGCUGAGAGGUGCAGAAAUAAUUGGAGUGGUACAAGGAGAAAUUAGCAGGCAGGAAGGAAAGGGAAUGCAGGUAGAGAGAUGAAUGGACAGGAGGAGGAGGCGGAGAAGGAGGAGUGCACGAAUAGAAAGAGGAGGGCAGAGAUGUUUGACUAAAACAGGACAGUGACUCCUCUCUGAGCCUGUCGCUCAGCUUCUGCACAGACGUGAAUCACUGGAAAACUUUGACUCACGGGCGAAUGUGGCUAACUGCACUGAGUGACGGCAUGUCUCUCUCUCCUCCCUUUCUGGCACAAACACAGGUCUCCACUCACUACAGCCAGUUUAUCUACUCACCCCCAGACUGCAGUGAGUGAAAGUGGACUAAUAGUGUUGUACAGUCUAGGUUAUCUUUCUGUUGUUUCUG